AUGAUUUACAGAACCAUAGCAUCCAUAGCUCAAAGAGACAGAAGCUUCUUCGUGAGCCUAAUAAACCAAGCCACCACACUCUCACAACUCAAUCAAACUCACGCCCAUUUAAUCCGCCAUAGCCUAAGCACUGAUCUCAUUACAAUCACAAAACUCACUCACAAACUUUUUGACUUUAAAGCCAUUUCUAAAGCCAAGAAUUUAUUCACCACCUUUAAUAAAACUAACCCACCUGAUCUUUUUCUUUAUAAUGUCCUCAUUAGAGGCUACUCAAAAAACAAUUUGCCUUUUGAAUCUUUGUCCCUUUAUUUACAACUUAUCAAGAAUACAACACUUAAACCUGAUAAUUUUACCUUUGCUUUCAUCGUUUCGGCUUUUUGUUCAAAUGAGUAUGAAAAAGUUGGGAUUUUGAUUCAUGGGCAUGUGUUAGUUAGUGGAUUUAGUAAAGAUGUGUUUGUUGGGUCGGCAUUGGUGGGUAUGUACAUGAAUUUUUCAAGAAUUAGUUAUGCGUAUAAGAUGUUCGAUGAAAUUACUGAACGAGAUGGUGUUUUGUGGAAUACAAUGGUUUCUGGGUUGGUGAAGAAUUGCUGUUUUGAGGAGAGUAUUCGGGUUUUUGGCGAUAUGGUUGCAAGGGGGAUGAGGUUUGAUUCUACUAUGCUGGCUGUGGUACUUACGGCUGUUGCUGAGUUGCAGGAGUUGAGGAAUGGAAUGUCGAUACAUUGUUUGGUUGUUAAAAUGGGUUAUCAUAGUCAUGAGUAUGUUCUUACUGGUUUAAUUUCUUUGUAUUCGAAAUGUGGUGAUGUUUCCGCGGCUAAAUUGUUGUUUAGGAUGAUAAGAGAGCCGGAUUUGAUCUCGUGUAAUGCGAUGAUUGCUGGUUUCUGUUUUAAUAAUGAGAAUGAAUCUUCGGUGAGGUUAUUUAGAGAAUUGCUUGUUCAGGGGGAGAAAGUUAAUUCAAGUACCAUUGUUGGUUUGAUUCCUGUUUCUUGUCCUUUUGGACAUCUGAACCUCAUAAGUUCUAUCCAUGGGUUUUGUGUGAAAUCUGGGAUGGUCUCAAAUCCUUCAGUUUCUACUGCUUUGACUACAGUUUACAGCCGGCUCAAUGAAAUGGAAUUGGCUCGGAGGCUCUUUGAUGAAUCCCCACAAAAAAGCUUAGCUUCAUGGAAUGCCAUGAUAUCUGGUUAUGCCCAAAAUGGGUUGACAGAAAUGGCUAUAUCUCUCUUUCGCGAAAUGCAGAAGUUGGACAUACAUCCAAAUCCUGUCACAAUCACGAGUAUACUUUCUGCAUGUGCUCAACUUGGAACAUUAAGUAUGGGAAAAUGGGUCCAUGACUUAAUAAAGAAAGAGAAAUUUGAGUCAAACAUUUAUGUAUUAACGGCUUUAGUUGACAUGUAUGCAAAGUGUGGGAACAUUGAGGAGGCGCGGCAAGUAUUUGACAGCAUCGGGGAGAAAAAUGUGGUUACUUGGAAUGCCAUGAUUUCAGCUUAUGGUCUCCAUGGACGUGGUCGAGAAGCACUGGUGUUGUUUGAUGAAAUGCUUGAUUCUGGAGUUUCCCCAACCGGCGUCACUUUCCUUUGUGUAUUGUAUGCUUGUAGCCAUGCCGGCUUAGUAGAAGAAGGUGAGAAAUUAUUCCACUCUAUGAUUCAUGAUCAUGGCAUUGAGCCUUUAUCUGAACAUUAUGCCUGCAUGGUGGACCUUUUGGGCCGAGCUGGAAAACUAGAAAAUGCGUCGGAAUUUAUUCAUAGGAUGCCUCUUGAGCCAGGUGCAGCCGAGUGGGGUGCAUUACUCGGUGCAUGCAUGGUCCACAAAAAUAUGGAUUUGGCUCGCUUGUCUUCGGAUAAGUUAUUUGCGUUGGACAUGGGAAGUGUUGGAUACUAUGUUUUACUUUCAAACAUCUACUCAGCAGACCGUAAUUAUUUUCAAGCUGCUUCAGUUAGGAAAGUUCUUAAGAAUAAGAAUCUAGCAAAGACCCCUGGGUGCACUUUAAUUGAGGUUAAUGGACACCAGCAUGUCUUUACAUCCAGCGACCAGUCACAUCCUCAAGCAGCGCCUAUUUAUGCAAAGCUGGAGGAGCUGAUGGAAAAGAUGAGGGAAGCUGGAUUUCACGCCGAGACCAGCACAGCGUUGCAUGAUGUUGAAGAAGAAGAGAAGGAGUUGAUGGUCAAAGUUCAUAGUGAGAAGUUAGCUAUUGCUUUUGGGCUUUUAACAUCUGAACCUGGAACUGAAAUCAGAAUCAUCAAGAACCUAAGGGUUUGUGUGGAUUGCCAUAAUUUCACCAAGUUUGUCUCCAAGGUUACGGACAGAGUUAUUGUUGUAAGGGAUGCCAACAGGUUUCAUCAUUUCAAAGAUGGAGAGUGUUCCUGUGGGGAUUAUUGGUAAAUUGACUUUUUACUGCCAAGGAUGUUUAGUCAGCGUUUUAGGAGCAAUAUGGAGGUUAAUGGAGCCAGUUUGUGUUUACCUUGUGCAUAGAUCCACUUCUUAUAGGAACAAGGGCAAGAGGAUAGCUCAAUCCAUUUAUCGCACGUGCAAUUUCAAAGGUUUAAAUUUUUCUGUGUCAUUAUUUGCUGUUUAUUUCAAGUAGGCAACACGGUUUGGCUCAUAAGGAAGGUUGAACCGAGAGGAAUCUUUUGCUUGUAAAAUACUGUUUUGAGUACAAUGCAGUUUACAGAAGAGUGUAAUCUCUUCUUUGGUCAUGAAAACUGGUUGUAUUCAGUGGUUUACAUGAUUUUAGUUUGUCUGGGCAAAAUCAAUAAAUAUCAUCAUACGUCGCAGAUUUUAUCCUUACAUUAAGACAGCACUUGAUAUUGCAGGAACAGCAGUCUUUCAUUUCUUUUUCCUUCCACCCCUUUGUUAGCUUUCGUGUUAUGUUGACGAAAUAUAAUCCAUACAAAUGUAUAGAAGAGCAGGAUAUCAACUGAAAGUUACUUUGGAUCAAAUAGGCAUAACUAGGUUGAGCUCUUACACACAUUUUUCCUUACUCAUAUGAUAUCUCAUUUCUCUUAAUCUUAUUUUUCCAAGUUGUCCUAAACCUGUGGUGCACAGGAAGUUGCUGAGGAGUCUAUCUGCUUGAAUUCGCAGAGGAUUUGGCGAGAAAGGUUGCUUAAAUUUGUCAGAGAACAGGCUCUUUAGGUACUAAAUCCUCUCAAAACCUAAAGAAGUAUCACUCAUCUACUGUUAUUUCAUUCGCUGAUAUGCAUCUUCAAGUGCCAAGUGUUAUCUUCUUGGAAAUUAUGUUCUCUUAACUCUUUUAAGAUAGGACGAGGGUAUUUGGCACACUCAAAUUCUUCAUUCAUUUUGACUUCCCU